AACGAUGGUCCUGCCGAGUUUCGAACCGGAGAUUCCCGAGUAUUGUCAGAACCACAGCAUCUGCGAGGAAGUACCGAACUAUCCCCACGAAUACAUCGAACACUUACUGCAAAACAAUGCUACGGUGAGAAAUGCAUUGUUCUUGAUGAUGGGUGGACUUGGCGACGCUAGAGGGUGCAUGGCUAAUAAGGAUCCCAUCAAAGUGGAAGUAUGCCAAUCUAAAAUGAAAUUCGUUGAAGCUAAGGCUGGUCGAGACGUGAGUGGCCGCUGGCAUUUUCUAGUCGGCGCCCAACCGCUCUGCGAAGAGCUAUGCGUAAACCGUGACGGCCCAUGCGCGUACCCUGAUAAAAGGGACAGUCCCCUCAGCGUUCCCGUAGGCUACAAAGCUACUUGCAAACAAAACGUUAUUCAAACUCCCAGAGCAGGUCUAGACAAAAAUGGGGGUUUGAUCGUCAUCCCACUCCCUGUAUAUGCUGGAUGUUGCUGUUAUGUUACACACAAUGACAGUUUGAUAAAAUCCUUUAGAAAUUAAAGGAAACUUUCUAAAUAUGAAACGAAAUGAAACAGAUGUAAUAAAAACUUGUAAUUCUAGUGACCAUUCCUGUAUGGAUUAUGGUGGUCGUUCAAAGUUCAAAUAUACUUUGUUCAUGUCGGCCUAGCAACAAGCACUUAUGGUUCUUGCCUACG